CCCCUUAAUAGUGAAACAACGUGCAAUUUUUCCAUCUUACGUGUAUUUUGUGAUUAAAAAAGCGUUUCGGCGAAAUUCAGGAUAAAUUAUGCCACAGUUUGGUGAAAUAAAGAAAUUUAUCUUGUUUUUGUACAAGGGACAAAAAACAGAUAUCUUGCUGGUGGGCCAAAAGGAAAUGUUUUGUGAUCCUUACGAAAACGAAACAUUCAUUUCUUUUGAAGAUUCUGAUUUAAAGAUAAAUUGGAAGGGGGUGGCUAAACGUGGUAAAGGCAAUAUUCCACCGGGAGAAAUGAAAAUCAGAGUUCUUCUAAGCAACGACAGUAAAGAAUACUUGGAAAGUAUUUCUCAAUUGUUCAACACAAAGAAAAUGUCCCUUGAUGCAAUUGUAAAGUUGCACACGGAAAAUGAUUACCAGAGAAUGUCAACAAAUACAAAGAUAGAAAAGGAUGAGGCAACCAAUUGUGAAGAUGCUAACGUUGAGGGACAAUGUGGAGAAAGCGACGAUGACAAAGAUGCCAAAGAUAACGGUGACAUGGACGAAGAGGAUGAUCCUAGGGAGCUGGUUACGACAGACAAGAAUCAAAAUGUACUCCCAAUUAACCAACGCAGCGCUGUGCGCAAGAGACAGGCGCCAUCCAGACUUAAUCUUGAAGCAACACAAAUUAAUGUUUAUGAGGAUUUGACAACAAGUAAAAAAGCUAAGCCAAGUAGUAAACAACAGAAGGAAAUUAUGAGCAUAGCCCACAAGACAGCUUCUGAUCGCAUACUAUCUCUUGACCAAUUAAAUGACUCCUUUGAUGAUGCAACAACUGAAAAUGACGUAAAAGGGCAUAGUUCACCGCAAGGGAAGGACAUGUUGGAUUUUCAACCUUGGCAAAAAUACUGGUAA